AGUGCAAUUUUUUUUUACUGAUAAAGUGACAAAGAAAAGAAAACAAUUAUAAUUAAUAACGAAUUGAUAAGAUUUAACUAAAUAAAAAUAGCAUAAACAAUUAUCACACAAGUGAGAAAAUCACAAAAGUUAAUAAAAACAAGAAAAAAAUGUUGAAAUUUAUAAAAAAAUCAUUGAUGAGUCUUUACAUGCAGUAUGAAUUGGUAACCUGCAUUUACAUGUUCGAGCCAUGGGAAAAGAAAUUAAUAAAUAGUUUUGUGGCAUUAAUAUUGGCUUUGGUUCUCUUCUCCAGUUAUGUUUAUUUGCCCUCGUAUAUCCAGACAUUUUUGCAAUUUGUUACACCACUGCCGCUGCAACAACAAAAUAAAGCCUCUUCAUAUGCAACGCCCAUAUUACAAGCCGAUAAGAUAAGUAUAAGUUAAGUUUUUACUUAUUUUUAUUUCUUAAACUUGCUCCCAAAAUAUUUACAACAAAUAAGAAAAUGGAAAUAUUAAAUUUAUAAGAAUUUUUAGUGCAAUGUCUAUCCAUAGAUACAGAUACAAAAUUAUUACAUACCUACAUAAAUUUUCUACGAAUUUGUUAAAUUCAUUCAGCCUUGUUGAUAUUUAAGUAAUAAGUUGAACUUUAGUUGUUUUUAUUAGUUUCUAUUUUGAUUUUUUUAUGAAAAAUGCACAAAUACGUUUUUUGUAAUAUAAUAUCAAAAUUUCUGUUAACUGUUUAAUAUAAAAAGAUAAGGAUUGUGCUAAUGUUAAAUUCAAUAUUAGAAAUAUAAAAUAAAAUACAACAUAUUCAUCAACAUUUCUUCCAUGAUUUCCAUUUAUAGUCUAAUAUUAAAAAUAUUAAUUCCACAAUACGUAUUAAUGAUGCAUUGAAAAAUAAUCCGGCCAAACCUCCUAUAGAAACUGUAAUUAAAAAAAAGGUUAUUUAUAAAAAAGUCCAA